AAAAAAAAUGGCCUGAUGUUUCGGGUGUCGAUCAACAAACAGAAAAAAAUUCUUUAUUCAAUAAUGAAGUUUUUAAAAGAAUGGAUUGAUGAAAGAAUAAACGAAGAUGAUUUUAAUUUUCUUGAUUAUAAUGAAUUUAAUAAUUUAGAAAUAAUUGAUAAAAGAGUUAAUGGAACUUUAAAAAAAGCUAAUUGGAAAAAUCAUAAUAUUAUCAUCGUAUUAAAAAUUUCGAAGAAUUUAAAAAUUAUUGAAAAUGAUUUUAAAGAAUAUUUUAUUAAGUUAAAAGUUUUACGUAGAAUUGAUCAUUCAAAUAUUAAUCGUUUUCUCGGGUUAACGAAAGACCCAAAUGGUAAUUAUUUUUCAGUAUUGGAAUAUGCUAACGAAGGAAAUUUAAGAGAUUAUUUAAAAAUUAAUUUUGAUGCUUUACAAUGGAAUGUCAAAUUACAAAUGGCACUUGAUAUUACUCGUGGAUUAAUGUUCUUACAUACUGAAAAAGUAAUUCAUGGAAAUUUGCAUUCGUACAACGUAUUAGUUAAUGAUGGUAAAGUGAUGGUUACGGACUUAGAAUUACUCAAACAAGCGACCAAAAUUACAUCUGAAAAUAUAGUUUAUGUUGAACCUCAAUAUCUUCAUAAUUCAAGUUAUAAACGAGAUAUGAAAUCUGAUAUUUAUAGUUUAGGUGUUCUUCUAUGGGAAAUAUCGAGUGGGCGUCCACCAUUUUCUGAAUGUAUACAAAAAGUAUUUGGUUUAACUCAAGUAAAGAAUAAACUUUUAAAUGGAGAGAAAGAAGAACCAGUCGCAAAUACACCUUCAGAAUAUCUACAACUUUAUCAAAAGUGUUGGCAAGAUGAACCAAAUUCGAGACCUGAGAUUAAUCAAGUUUACGAAAUUUUAUCACGAAUAAAAUUACAAUCCGGUAUUACUGCAAAAAUUACUUUGGAAAUAUUUAAAAGCCCAGCGCAACAAAUAAUUAGAAAAUUGAAGUUGAAUCAUGGGAUAGUAUUAAACGGAUAUGAUAUAAUUUCAAGUUUACAAGGGGUGGUUGUUGAAGACGGGGAAUUAAAAGUGAAUUUAUAUGA